GCACUGUGAGAGCUAAGUUUAACAGAAGUGUGCGCUUAGCUUGGAGUCGGCAGCGUGAAGCAGUCUGAAUUCUACCUUGUUGCUCAAACUUUUUAUUUAUUAAUUCAUUAAUUUAUUCUUCAGUUUAUUUAAUCUUUCUAACGGGUCUAUUCAAAAUGAACAUCCAGACUUGUGCAAGGUGUAAGAAUGUUGUGUACCCAGCGGAGAAGAUCAAUUGCAUUGAUCAGAACUGGCACAAGGCUUGCUUUCACUGUGAGGUCUGCAAGAUGGUUCUCACAGCAAAUAACUUUGUCAGCCAUCAGAAGAAACCAUAUUGUCAAGUGCAUAAUCCCCGUAAUAACACCUUCACCAGUGUCUACGAGACCCCCAUGAACAUCAACGCUAAGAAGCAGACCAGAGCUGUCAGCGAGAUCAAAUAUCGAGAGGAAGGAGAGAGGUACAUGUCAACUUUCCACUAUGAUAUGAGGUCAAAGGAUGUGGAGCAUGCUCGGAGGGUAAACCAGUUAGCCAGCCAGAACGCAUACCAGUCAGAGCACAAGGAGCAGAAGGCUUGCUUCUCUAGCUCUGUCACUAGCCAAGAGAUGAUGCACAUGACCCAGAUGCAGAAAACCAUCAGCGAUGUUGAGUACACUCGCGGGCAUGAGGAGCAGCUGGCGCAAUUCACUUCAGUCGCAGAAACCCCAGAUAUUCUACAUGCCAAGACUGCCAGUUCACUGGCCAGUGAUGUGAAAUACUCAGUGGACUACAAGCAGACAAAAGGCAAAGGCAGCUAUCCAGCCAUGAUCACACCAGCCUACCAGCUGGCCAAGAAAGCCCACAACUUAGCUAGCGACCUGGAGUAUAAACGGGGACAUGAGGAGAGAGUGUGUAAGUUCACCUCCGUUAAGGACACGCCAGAGGUCUUGCUGGCGAAAUCCGGCGGGCAGCUAGCAAGCGACUAUAUUUAUACUGAGGAGUAUGAGCAGCAGAAAGGGAAAGGCAGUUUUCCAGCUCAUGUCACUCCUGGGUACCAGGUGGCCAAGAAAGCUUCAGCAAUGGCCAGUGAUGUGAAGUACCAUGAGAAGUACGAAAAGGAGAUGAAAGGAAAGGGAUGUUCGGAUGUUAGACUGGAGGAAAAUGUAGAGGACUUCAGCCAGAUGUACACUGAGGAGCAUGAGCAGCAGAGGGGCAAAGGGAGUUUCCCAGCCAUGAUCACGCCUGCCUACCAGCUGGCCAAGAAGGCCCAUGACCUGGCCAGCAAUCUGAAGUAUAAGAAAGACCUGUCAAAGAUGAAGGGGUCAGCGCACUACCACACCAUCACCUCUGAAGACAACUUGGCACUCAAGAGCGCGCGUAAGAUUAACAAGCUGGUCAGCGAGGUGGAGUAUAGGAAGGAUCUGGAGAACACCAAAGGCCACAGCAUUAACUUCUGCGAGACUCCACAGUUUAAGACAUCUUCUAAAGCGUCCCAGUUUGCCAGUGAUAACAAAUACAAGGAGAAGUACACUAACCACAUGAAGGGGCACUACGAGGGCUCUGGCUUGGACAAGAAAACCAUGCACGCCAUGAAAGCCAGAAAACUGGCCAGCAACAUUGCCUACAAGUCUGAGUAUGAGCAGGAGAAGAAUGUUCAAGGCGAAUAUAACUACCCAGCAACCAUCACCCCGGGCUACAAAGCACAGAGGAAACUGGAUCCGCUCAAAGACGUCAACUACAGACAGCACAUUGACAAGCUGAAGUUCAGCUCUGUAACUGACACCCCUGACAUCAUUCAGGCCAGAAUCAACGCUCAACAACUCAGUCAUCUGAACUAUCGGGCAAACUACGAGAAGACAAAGUCGCAGUACACCCUGUCCCAGGAUCUCCCUCAGAUCAAGAAUGCCAAGGCUAAUGCUGAGCUCUACAGCGAUAUAAAAUACAAGGAGGACUGGGAGAAGACCAAAUCCAAGUCUUGUGAUAUUGGUGCUGAUACCCUGACCGUCAAAGCGGCCAAAGCAUCCAGAGACCUGGCCAGUGAUAUUAAGUACAAAGAAUUAUUCAUGAAGAACAAAGACAAGGUCGUGGGGUUCAACGUGAGUGAUUCCAAGACCCUGCACUCUCUCCAGGUGGCCAAACUGAGCAGCGAGAUUGAGUACAAAAAAGGCUCCAAAGAGAAGCAGGCUAAUUUCCACCUACCCUUGGACAUGGUCAAUCUGAGCCAUGCUAAGAAGGCACAGGCUCUGGCCAGCGACCUAGACUACAGGAAGAAGCUUCAUGACUACACUAUCCUGCCUGAUGACAUCAAGGUCCAACAAGCCAAGAAAGCCUAUAACCUGCAGAGCGAGAAUCAGUACAGAUCUGAUCUUACCUGGAUGAAAGGUGUGGGGUGGGAGGCUGACGGCUGUCUGGAUGUGACCCAGGCCAAGAAGGCUGGAGAUUUACUGAGCGAGAAAAAAUACAGGCAGAAGGCGGACAGUGUGAAGUUUACGCAGGUGGCAGAUACGCUGUCUAUCAAACACGCAAAGAAGAGUCAGGAGCUUCAGAGUGGGGUGGCGUACAAGUCGGGCACUGAGGAGACGAUACACCAGUACACCAUGAGCAAAGAUGAACCUCUCUUCAAACAGGCGAAGGCCAAUGCCGAGCUGCUCAGCGCAAAAUUGUACCGAAGCAGCUGGGAGAAGCAGAGGGAGAAGGGCUUUGAACUGCGCCUGGAUGCUCUGUCCAUCUUCACCGCCAAAGCCAAGAGGGAUCUUGCAAGCGAUAUCAAGUACAGAGAGAGCUAUGAGAAGACCAAGGGGAAGAUGAUCGGGGUGAAAACGGUCACCGAUGACUCCCAGAUGGCCCACUCUGCCCACGCCACUCACCUGCAGAGCGACAGGGAGUACAGGAAGGGGUAUGAGGAUGCCAAGACCCGUUAUAGCGCCUCGCUGGAUAUGCUGAACCUCACCCAUGCCAGGAAGGCCCAGGAUCUGGCCACGGACACCACCUACAAGACCUUCCUCCACGACUACACCUGCCUGCCCAGCGACAUGAAGGUGGAGUGGGCCAAGAAGGCCUACAGCCUGCAGAGCGAGAAAAAAUACAGGUCUGAUCUCAACUGGAUGAAGGGUGUGGGCUGGAUGACGGCUGGAUCCAUGGAUGUAGAGCAGGCCAAGAAGGCCGGAGAUCUCAUCAGCGAGAAAAAGUAUCGGCAGCAGGCGUGUGAUCUGAAGUUCACCAGCGUAGAGAACACUCCAGAGAUGGUCCAAGCCAAGCUCAGCAACAAGCAGGCCAUAGACAGACUUUACCGGGAGCAGGGCGAGAACCUGAAGCACAGCUACACCUUGACGAGAGACCUGCCAGAACAUGUCCAGGCCAGACUCAAUGCCAUGAACAUCAGCGAGUCGCACUACAAGCAGUCUUGGACUAAACUCCGAGACUCUGGGUAUAAACUACGGCUGGAUGCCAUCCCCUUCCAGGCAGCCAAGGCCUCUGGAGACAUCCUCAGUGAUCACAAGUACAAAGAGGACUUUGAGAAGAUGAAGGGCCGCAUGAUCGGGCUGAAGGGACUGGAAGACGAUAUAAACAUGGCGCACUCCGUCCACGCCAGCCAGCUCCAGAGUGACAUUCAGUACAAGAAGGACUCGGUGAAGGUGCACUCUCAGUUCCACCUGCCCAUGGACAUGCUGGAGGUGGCCCACGCCAAGAAGGCCCAGUCACUCAUCAGCGACCAGGAGUACAAGGGUGUCCUGCACAGCUACACCACCCUGCCCGACGACCUCAAGGUCCAGGCUGCCAAGAGGGCCUACGCCCUGCAGAGCGAGAAACUCUACAGGUCCGAUCUGAACUUCCUGAGGGGCGUGGCCUGGAUCAGCACUGGGGCGGUGCAGAUUGAGGGGUCCAAGCGAGCCACUGAGCUCCUCAGUGAGAAAAAAUACCGCCAGCAGCCGUACUCCUUCAAGCACACAGCCGUGGCUGACUCUCCGGACAUUGUCCAUGCUAAAUUCAGCAACAAAAUCUCUAACGAGCGCCUGUACAAAGAAGCAGGGGUGAACUCCAGGCAUAACUACACAAAUACCGCCCAGCGUCCAGAGCUGACACAAGCCAAGAUCAAUGCUGCCAACUUCAGCGAGAUUAAGUACAGGGAGUCCUGGCACAGUCUGCGGGCACAGGGAUACAAACUCACCAUGCAGGACAUCCCCUUCCAGGCUGCGAAAACCUCCGGAGGAAUUGCUAGUGACUACCAGUACAAGAACAACUUUGUGAAAGAGAGAGGGAAGCACAUCGGGGCACGCAGUAUCCUUGACGACCCGCAGCUGCUGCACUGCAAGCAGAUGGGGAAGCUUCAGAGCGACCAGGAGUACCGCAAGGACUCGCUCUCCACCAGCGGCCAGUAUCACCUGCCUCUGGACGGCCUCCAGCUGCUGCAGGCCAAGAGGGCCCAGGCGCUGGCCAGCGACCAGGACUACAAGACCAUGGCGCACUCCUACACCGUCCUGCCGGACGACAUGAAGGUCCAGUGGGCCCGCAAGGCCUACAACCUGCAGAGUGAGAAACUGUACAAGUCAGAUCUGAACUUCAUGAGGGGCGUGGCCUGGAUGACGAUGGGAACUCCCCAGCUGGAAUCUGCCAUGAAGGCAGGAGAGCUCAUCAGCGACAAGAAAUAUCGGCAGCAUCCAGACAGUAUGAAGUUUACCUCUGUGGCAGACUCUCCAGACAUGGUCCACGCCAAGAACAGCUACUUGCAGUGCAAUGAGAGGCUGUAUAAGUCCGGAGACGCGGACGCCAUGCACAGAUGCACCCUGCCAGCAGACCACCCGGAUUUCGUCAGGGCCCGAGCAAACGCUCGGCACAUCAGCGAUAAAGUGUACAAGACGUCCGGCGACAAGGUGAGGUCUGCAGGGUACGACCUGCGAUUGGAUGCCAUCCCCUUCCAGACAGCCAAAGCCUCCAGAGAGAUCGCCAGUGACUUCCGGUACAAGGAGGCGUUUGUGAAGGACAAAGGUCACCAGAUUGGACUCCGCUCCGUCGAGGAUGACCCCAAGAUGAAGCACUCGCUGGCAGUGAGCAAGCUUCAGAGCUCCAACGAGUACAAGAAGCAGUUCCAGGAGACCUGCUCCCAUUACAAGAUCCACACCGACCAGCCUGACUUCCAGCACGCCAAGAGGAGCCAGGCGCAGGCUAGCAACCUGAGCUACCGGCAGCACCUGCACCAGUACACCUGCGACCCGGAGCAGCUCAACCUGAAGCACGCCAAGCAGGCCUACAAGCUGCAGAGCGAUGUGAACUACAAAUCAGACCUGAACUGGAUCAGAGGCGUGGGCUGGACGCCCCCGGGCUCCUACAGGGUGGAGAUGGCCCGCCGGGCAGCGGAGCUGGGCUACGCCGAGGGGCUGGACCCUGACGCUGCCAUCGCCCAGUACCAGCAGAUGCUGGAUUCACAACAUCAAACAGUGGAGACUGUAGAGGAAUUUGAGCAGCCAGGAGUAAAUCCUGAUGCCAUGGAGGUCCUGCAUGUGAAAAGGAAGAAGAUCACUCGCACUGUCAAGUCCAAGUCCACCAAUCAAGCCAACCAAGUGUAGAGUCUCUGCCAAUCACAUCACAGUGGGCUGGCCUACAAAAUUUUAAUUGACUACAGACAGUCAAAUAAUGUCUUUUUUAAUCAUCAAUUUUUAUAUUCAUCUAUCAGUACCAUUAUGAAUGAUCUUUGCAUGGCAGCCAAAAAGAGCCGUGAUAGAAGCGUUGAGUAUUUUCAGGGCAUGAAACAUGUAUAUGACUCCUGACCAGAGGACGGAUUUUUAGUUUAUGAAUGCUUAAAGUAUGUUUGACGUGAGCAGUGUAUAUCUUGCUUUAAAGAGAAGAUGGUGGAUUUGAUGGAAACUGCUUGAUGAUAAAAGAAGGGACUGUUUAUUCUAUAAACUUGUGUUGAUGCUGUGGUUAAAGUAUGUUUGAUGUAAGUGAAGAACAGAACAAGACUGAGGCAAAUUUCGAAUGAGGAGCAGAAUGAGGUUGAGGCUUACUCAGAAUUAUGAGGAGUUUGAUGCUGAGGCUAAUUCAGUAGCAUGUUUAUUUUCGGCUCUAGUCAUUGACCAUCGUCUGAUCCUGGGCUUUAGCUUGUGAUCAGUGGUCCAUUUUUAGACCAUCACAGUCAAAGCCCAGGUAAUUAAAUUUUACAGAGGUUACUGAAUAUAUGACUGACAGGUUCAGCUUUGUGAAAAUCUACCUGUGUAUUAGCCAGGGUAGGGGUAGGCCAUGAUCUUUAACAAUAAAAACUCUGUUACAAAGUA